CUUCAGCUCAGACUGUUGUUGCAUCAAUUGCUACUGACUCAAAUGUCUGGAAUGCUGUCAUGCAAAAUGAAGAUCUGAUCCAAUUCAUACAGUCCCAGAAAAACAAUAAUAUGUUUCAAGAUCAGGGAUCUCCCGGAGAGAUUGAGGAAUUAUCUGAUUUGAGCAAAGAAGAAGAUACUUUAAGCCAUUCUGGAGACAGUGGAGGCCAAAGCCGGUUCAAGCCCAUGGCUGUUCUUUGGAAGAUCAAGGAUAGGGUGGUUGAAUUGGGAAGAACAACCAAGGAUAGGGUGGCUGGAUUGGGAAGAACAACCAAGGAUAGUGUGGUUGAAUUGGGAAGAACAACCAGCGAUCGAGUGGUUGAGAUGGUGAGCAAUGUGGGUAAUUAUCUACAGAACAUCUUUGGCACACCCGCAGCUGAUAAGACUUAUGCAGAAGCAGAUGGCAAACCAGCAGAAGCAGAUGCCAAAGCAAACUAUUUUGAAAAGGCCAUUGGACUGGCCAUUAUGGCGAUCAUGGUGAUUGUGCUGAAGCGAGCUUAA